AUGCCUCAAGAGCUUAGCUUGCAGAUGGUUACGCGGGACGAUGUAGUGCGCAUAAAGCGCUGGCUCGAAGACGAAGAGGUCUCGGAAUCUUGGUUCGGACGCUAUGCCUACGGCGACCCGGCGCACCUCGGCUACCAUCCCAACGAGAUGGACGAGGUCUCGGACGAAGAGUGGGAUGCGGUGUUUGACAACCCCGAGCACCGCAUGCUAUCGAUAUACAGCCCGGAGGCCGGGCACAUCGGCGAGGUUCACUUGGCAAUAGAGGAAUCACUUGGCGAUGGACAGCUCUCCAUCCUGAUAGGGCGCAAGGACCUUUGGCAUCACGGAUAUGGCUCGGCUGCCGCUCGGCGCACCCUCGAAACCGCGUUCACCGAGUACGGUCUUUACCGCGUCUGGGUGGACAUACCGGAGUACAACACCGCAGCCCGCAGCAUGUUCUCGCACCUGGGCUUCAUGCACGAAGGCACACUGCGCCAGAGCCGCCCUCACGAGGGUUCGCGCUUCGACUCCGUCAUUAUGGGGCUGCUGGCGAACGAGUAUGUGCCCAUCGACGAAGCCGCCAUUCAGGAAAUCCCCCGCGUCUAA